GUUGAUCCUUCAACCUUUUGAAAUAUUACAAUUUGUCCAAUACUCAUAUUUCCGCUCAAUCGAAGGGGGCGAGUUUUUCGAUCUGUACAUUGGAGCGAGUAGGUUUUCCUAUAUUUAUUUCCUAGUACAGAUGCGAACGGAGAAGAAUUUCCUUUGAUAAUGAUUAAACUUAUUUGCUGUAAGAGGCAGCUGAUUGUUUACUUUGGACAUUUAACAUCGUUGAUCCUUCAACCUUUUGAAAUAUUACAAUUUGUCCAAUACUUAUAUUUCCGCUCAAUCGAAGGGGGCGAGUUUUUCGAUCUGUACAUUGGAGCGAGUAGGUUUUCCUAUAUUUAUUUCCAAGUACAGAUGCGAACGGACAAGAAUUUCCUUUGAUAAUUGUUAAGCUAAUUUCCUGUAAAAGGCAGGUGAAUGUUUACUUUGG